GCCGUUUGAGAUUUUGAACGAGUCUUAGAGUCGCUAUCGUGAGAAAAGCGACGUUGAUUCAAAUUGUGCGUUGAAUUCGAAAGUUCCAACUCAAGAACCCUCAAAGGCAGCAUAGAUCCAGUGGGGGAGGAAUUCCAUGGAUGUGAAAGAAGCAGGAGCCUCGCUGGAUGCUCUGGUUUCGUCCUUCAACACACGUAUCGCUGAGCUGCAGCAGUUCGUUAUUGCGCGGAACAUGUAUCCAGCCAGCGGUAUCACCGAUUUAUCGGCCAUUGACGCAGCUUUGAAUGGGAUGGAGGUUCAGGUUCAGAAUAUCAAGAAUCGACUACGUGAUGAAACUCGAGCUAUUCCUAAAGCUAAAAAAUUAAUUGAAGCAGCGCUGCAGCAGCAAAAGAAAUUGGAAACUCUGUCUUCCUCUGUUCCUUCAUUUGUUCCUCAAAGAAUUAUUAAUUUGAAUCAAGACAUUGGUAACUGUGUGCAAAGAGAAGAACAUAAGCAAAUUAUUGGACUUGAGCCUUUAAAAGUUGAAGAACCUCAACGCAAAGAGAAGAAGGGUCGAGCAUCCCCUCCAAUGUGGUAUGUCUCUGAAGACGAGCUGAAUUCUGUGCCAGCGUAUAUGAAACAGAGACUCACUUUGGACAAGGUGAAUGCUGCCAUUGGUGAUAUGGCAACAUAUGCUGAAGCAAACGCCCAACUUAUUGCAGCCCCAAGAAAAAAGCUCUCCGAGAAUAACUUGGACAAGGCUCUGGAAUUAAGGGAUAUUGCAUCAUCAGAUGGAGUGAAAGGAAAACACUUCUUCUUAGAAGGAGAUAUCAAGGGACCUUCUCUAAAACUCGACAACACUGGAAAGGCUCUACUGACGGUCCUCCGGCACCUGGGACGGAUAAGCGAGUCACGAAUUGGACAUCACCGUGUAAUCAUCUUGUUGAGGCCUUAGCUCAUUUAUUGCAACAUAGAAUAAAUAUACAUUCUAGCCGCAACUUAGGAGGUAGUUUGUUCUUGUUCAGACAACACAGUUGAUUUCCUUGAUGUGUAUGGAUUGUGCGUUUAACUUUGUUGAAAAUUUUUAGUCUUGAUUUGCUAUAUUCUACUAUGUUUUAUGGUAUCAUUGGUAUGCGACGACUUUUGUUUUUUCUUGUCGAAGUUAGUUGCUUCUUGGGGGAUGAAAAAUGUCGAAAGGAAAUGGAUAGCUAAUCAAUCUUCCUGGGAGGUCCGUGGACCCGAAGCACAUCCGGUCCGUACGGGCGCCAUGGUUGGUGCUGACCAUCUGGUGUUGGAGCCCAUGGAGCUCUGGCGGUGAUCGGAGCUGGAGUGGGGGGGCUGACCGCCGCCCGUGCCAUCAGAGCUGAAGGUCUCCACGUAACAGUCUACGAGAAGUCCGACCGACUCGGGGGCGUCUGGAUUUACGA